CUUUGCCACUUAACAGCCGAGUUCUUUGGAGGUACAAAUGUGAUAAAAGAGAAACACAGCCUGGACCUGAAUCAAGUCCGGACACCUCCCCUACUUGCAGGCACAGGGAGUAGUGAUGCUUUUCUGGGGAAUAAGCGGGAUUCCUGUCCCAGCGCCUCGCCUGUGAUGAUGAUGGACUUACCUAUCCAGCACUUGCCUGUGGAGGUCAGCUGAAGACGAAGCCACGCAGCUAAGUCUGGAUUAGCCGGCCGAACGAGUUUCAAUGCUCCUCCGUGUUCUAAGAUGAAGUUAUGGAAAGGUGCUACUUUUGCCUUCAUGCUCUGUGGCGCAGCCCUGUCCAUCCUCCUCGUUAGAAACAUGGCCGCCGUCGGACAGUUCAGACCCAAGACAAAGUAUCCACACACAUCUUCAUCCUCCUCGAGAGCGUCUUCAUCGUCGGGAUCGACGCCCAGAACCUCGCUGCCACCGGCGGUGCUGUCCCGGCAGAUGGGCGGAUCCCAUCGGAGAACCCGCUCGGCGGACAACGUGAACUCUCUCCUCACUGAUUUUACCAUGAUGUUCCAGAGCUUCACCGAGGGCGAGCUCCAGCAUGUGGUCGGCAGCUUGCUCGACCGGAGGAGGAGGAAGAGCCGGCGUCAGGGCGACAGCCAGGCCCGGAGGACUAAGAGAGCGCGGCGGCCGAAGCCCUGCUCCGUGAGGGAGCUGGAGAUGACCGUGAGCGAACUGGGUCUCGGCUACGACAGCGACGAGACGGUGCUGCUGCGCUACUGCAGCGGGAAGUGCUUGGCCCACCGGCACAACUACGACAUUACCAUGGAGCACAUGAUGCGGACGGGCUUCAGGAAGAAGGGCCGCAAGGACAAGGUCGGCAACGGGCCCUGCUGCCGGCCCACGGCGUUCGAAAACGACUUUUCCUUCCUGGACAACAACAGCCGCUACCACACGAUACACAACGUGUCGGCGAAGAACUGCGGCUGCGUAUGACCCCAGAGAAACGGACGUGUUGUUUCUUCAUGCUGCUCUCGGCCUCGGGUGGAAGUGUUAAACAGGGAUGCUGUUAAAAGACAAACGCAGAAAUCUUUGGAAUAUAAACUCAAGGAGAGGAGGAAGAGAAGGGAAUAUGUAUUUGGCUGCUGCACGGCGGCCAUGACAGACAGACAGACUUUGAAUGCGUCUGUCACCACAGCUCGGGACGUUUGUGUGGAUUCCAAUGUAACAAAAAAACAAGACAGAACAUGACAACGUUUUUUUAUCAUCUUUUCUAUCUGUGUAGUAACACUGUGAACUGUGAACAACAACAUAGCAACAUUAUUUGUGAUAUCGCAUCUGAUCGGUGGAACAUGUUACUGCAUUUCAGUGAAUCGUCUUUCAGGCAAAAGAAAGGGCUCAAAUGUCAACACACAAACAAAACAAACAAACAAACAAAGAUACGUUGAAAGCACCAAAGUUUUCUUUAAGUUCUGUGCGGGACAGUUUGCACCGUUGACCUAAUUAUAGCUUCUCGUGAUAAGCUAUAUUGACACAGGGCACGACUGUGUUUGUUGCAUCCCUGUUACUGAUUGCAGUGUUAUUACACAGGUAUAAGAGGAAGUGUUAUUGAUGAUGAAAGAAAAUACUUUUUUCUAUAGCUCAAGGUUUGAUACCCACUUUUAAUAAAUGUUUUGUAUAUGGAUGAUUUGUAGAUUAACAGGGAGGACCUGCGUCACAACACACGUGAACAAUAUGAACAUUGCUACCAUUUGCUCUUCAUAGUAAAUCACAAGUCCUUUUUUUAUUUUUUAUUUUUAAAUAAGCCAGUAUUACAAUUACCCAUAAUCCCCUAGAAUUGCCAAAACACACCAAGUCAAUUCAACGAGAUUAAUUCAUUCACAAUCUUAAAUCACAGACUGUUUAUAAAGAUGGACGACAAGAAAACUGCCCACAAGGGACACCAAGCGUUCUUGAUCGCCCUCUGGUGGCUGGCUGCGGUACAGCACAUCAACCCUGCUUCCUCCGUGUUGAGUGUGGGAAGUUUACAAAAUAAACCUAAUGCAACCGAUUGAAUCAGAGACUCCCGAUCUCGAAUCAUAAAUAUCAAACUUGUAGCAAUAACAUGGAAACUCCCGAACAAGUUUGAUAUUUCCGAUAAUCGGCUCCGACAGAAACACACUAAUAGUCAAUGAGAGCCAGUUCUGGGAAGAGUCACCAACCAGAUGCUGCGGCUAAAAACAACAAUAAUUAUGGGCACAAUUAAACUUUUAAAAGUUAAAUUUUAAAAGUAAACGAUGGUUUCUGUUGUGUCGGUGCCUUGUGUCACACUGAUAUUCGUUGUCCAGUAAAUUUGGUUUCAAUUGGUUAUGAGAGGUUAUAAAAACAAGACGUCGACUAGCAAUUGGUCAAGAAUCGACAUUUAAAAAAACAAGAUGGCGUCACCACUGUAACUUCAUCUUUGCCCAAACGGGAGGAGGCGGAGAUCUGUCGUCCAUCUUUAUAAAGAGUCAAUGACUAAUUUAUCUAGCGUGAACAUCUCGUGUGUUAACACCUCUGUAAUCGUCUCUGGUUGUAACUUGUGAAUGUUUACACAGAGUUUCUGUAAAGUCUCACGUGUGAAAGAGUCAAACGCUCUUUUGUGUUUCUCUUGCUGACAGAAAACUAUGAAGUCGAGACGUGAUCUGUAAUGUGUUCGCGCCCCUAAUCCCCCCCCCCCCCCCCCCCAGCCUGCUGUGAUCAGGGCAGCCUUCUAUUGGCCCAUCGAAUGCCUCCUUGUUGUUUUGCCUCGUAGACUUUUAGCGGGAAACUAAGCUGUUGAAAUUAAUUAUGAAGCAUUUUUUUCACCUUCACUCUUUAUUUGGUUUGAACCUGUUGCAACUGUUUGCCUGAAGUACGAUAAAUGAUAUUGUUCUGUCUUUUUUCCUGAGGAGGUGCAGUGCAGGGCGCGGAUGCGGUGCAUCUUUAUUGUAGUUUAUAUUGUAUUUAUUUGGGAAGUAAAUUAUGGUUUUUGCAUAUUUAUUUAGAUUACCACACAGAAGAGGGACAGCUUAUUAUCAUUAAGCAACUGUGCCAAAAAAUGUUUUAUCUAACAUUCUAUAUUGACUGCUGAAUAAACGUUAUUUCAGAGGUAUGACGGUGAUCAUUUCUCCCAAACUAUUGAUCUUUGGGUGUCAGAUAUUCUGUAUUCAGCCUGUAUUUAAAUAAAUAAAUAAUUACGUAUUAAUAAAAAUGUUAUCAUGCAACCUCCUGUUAAUAAAGACCAAGUGAAUGCUGUGAGGAAAUGUGAGGAUCACAGCAGCAGGAGGAUGAACUCAUAAAUAAAACACA